GCAUGAUAUGCAUGCCCUUUGAUGGAAAGCGUGCAUCACGCACAUUCAUCGUUUCUGAGUGUAGGCAUUAAGGAAGAUUCCCUCCGCAAAGAUAACAAGUGGACUUGUGACGGAAACAUCUGAUCUCUUGGUGUAAACAGCAGUUGACCUGCUCUACCCGCUCCUCACACGUGCGAUGUGAAGCAUGGACCAUCCAUCGUAUCAUGGCGCGAUCACCAAACAGAGAUGCGAGGAGCUGCUCGGCAACAAAGGGCGGGAUGGGACUUACCUCAUUCGGGACAGCGAGACCAUUCAGGGAGCUAUGUGCCUAUGUGUGUACAAACACAAAGUGGUCUAUACAUACAGGAUCCUCCAAACUCACUCAGGCUCCUUCACCCUACAGGCCAGUUCAGGUGUAGAGGAAAAGUUUUUCAAGAACAUGAAGGAUCUAAUUCAUCAUUACAAGCAAAAUAAUCAAGGACUUGCAACACGUUUACGCCAUGCACUGAAAAGAAAAACACUGCCGCAACAACAGCUUUUGCAAUUUCCAGCAUCAGGAGCAGAAGUGGGCGAUGAGGAGAACGAUUAUGAAAAUGUUAAUUGUUCGGGGGAUUAUGUUGUUGUUCUGCCGGAUUAAUUUCAUCGCAAUGUGAAGUCCUGAAUAGAAAAAAAUGGAUCGGUCAGAUGCAAUUCCAUUUUCAGGAACUUUCUGGGCAUUUUCAAUGCACACAUGGGAAUAUCCAUUACAUGAAGCCAUAUGUUCAGCUAUAUCAUCAUCCAAAUGGAAGAUUUAAUUUAUUGAAUGUCUUAGUGACUCUUACACUAUAAAAGAUGCUGGGUUCCGCACAAAUCUUUCAGGUUGUCCCAACACAAAUAGAUCAAAUUGUCUUAAUUGUUUUUACAGAUUUGAGGUAAUUAAACAUUAAACAAUUAAGUUGUCUACAUAUUCUAUAUGUUUACACCAGCAGCAAAAGUCAUUUCUUAAGGUGUAUUGUCAAUAUACUGUAGUUUCAGGUGCAUUAUUUGUCCUUGGCCCACCAAAAAAAGUCUCUUGGUUUGUAAUGUAAUACUAAUCUGGAUGAAUGAGAAAUGGUUUGUUUAUAUAACACUUUACAAAAAGGUUCAUUAGUUAAUGCAUUUACUAACAUGAACUAAUCGUAAACAACAGAUGUACAGCAUUUAUUAAUCAUAAUUGAGCAUUUACAAAUGCAUUAUUAACAUCCAAGUCCAUGCUUGUUAACAUUAGUUAAUGCACCAUGAGUUAACAUGAGCUAACAAUGAACUACUGUAUUUUCAUGAACUAAUGUUAACUAAAAUGAACAAAUACAGUAGUAGAUGUAUUGUUCAUUGUUUGUUCAUGUUAGUAAAUGCAUUAAUUAACAUUAACUAAUGAACCUUAUUGUAAAGUGUGACCGUUUAUAUUGUGUGCUUUUGUUAAUGAACACAAAAAGAGAAAGAUAUUUUGAAUAAACAAUUCAUUUUUUAUGAAUUGUUGGAUGUAAAUAUGGUAUGUACAGCUUAUAAAUAUAAUAUAUUGUCCGUAAAAGAGUUUAUAAGAAGGUGUGAUGUGCGAAUGUUUUUGUGAAUGUGCUGUUUUGAGGUUUUUAUAUAUAUUAAACUCUUAGAUUGAACUCGUCUACUGUAAAUGUUUGUUUUUAAGAUGAGUUAUUAGUGCCUUUUAAUAAAUCAAAUUGAAAAAGAAUUAGUAA